AUGGUGAUUAAAGCGGCGGCGAAUCAAGAAAAUUGGGGGAAAAAUCAAGGGAGGUUUAUGAAUGGAGGAGGCUGUUCAUCUGUAUCCGGUGGUGGCGCCGCCGCUGCAACUGGUGGAGGUGGGAAAUCAAUGUCAACAAGCGGAAGUGUGGGUUCUUCUCCAUCCAGUAAAACCUUGAAUAGGUUACAUCAUCUUGAUAUUCAAGCUGCUGCUGCUGAUGAUGCGGGAUCUCCAGGGGCUAUUUCAGGGAAGAAGAAGAAAAGAGCGCAGGCAGGAGGAGGAGGUGGUUAUAAUAAGGCCACUGGUGGUGGUAGAGGACUGCGCCAAUUCAGCGUCAAAGUGUGCGAAAAAGUGGAAGCCAAAGUUAGAACUACUUACAAUGAGGUUGCAGAUGAGCUUGUAGCUGAAUUUUCAACACAAACACCUGACAAUCCACAAAAUUUUGAAGAGAAAAAUAUACGACGGAGAGUGUAUGAUGCAUUGAAUGUUCUUAUGGCAAUGGAUAUCAUUUCUAAAGAUGAAAACAAAGAGAUAAUAUGGAGGGGACUGUCUGGUGCUGGCGCCGGUGAAGAGCUCAAGGUUCAACGCCUUGGCCUAAGAAAUAGAAUUGCAAACAAGGCUGCACAUUUGCAAGAACUUGGGGAGCAAUUUGCAGGUCUUCAGAAUCUGAUACAGAAGAAUAAGCAAUUGUGUUGUUCAGGGAAUGCUGCUGCUGCAAGUAAAGGGGGUGUGCCUCUGCCUUUUAUUCUGGUGCAGAUGCGUCCACAUGCGACUGUUGAGGUGGAGAUUUCAGAGGAUACGCAGUUGGUGCAUUUCGAUUUCAAUAAUGCUCCUUUUGAGCUCCAUGACGAUAGCUUUGUUCUUAAAUCGAUGGGAUUGUGUGACGGUUCUCCAGAGAAGAAUCAGAUUUGUACUCAAGAAUCUGCUUCCAAUCGCAUGUCUCAAACGCCACAAGUAAACCGUCAACUUCGUCCAUCUUAA